AUGAAGGGCAUCAUCCUCGUUAUUCUGCAAGCGACCUUGGCCGCGGUGGCCAGCGCAGCCGUUGCCGAUAACUCGGCCGCGGACAAGUGCCCGGGCUACAAGGCUGCCAACGUCCAGACCUCUGCCCAUGGCCUCACGGCCGACUUGAAGCUCGCGGGUAAAGCCUGCAACGCCUUUGGCAACGACCUCGAGCAUCUCAAGCUCGUCGUCAGCUACGACACUGUCGAGCGCAUUCACGUCCAAAUCAUCGACGCCGACGAGCAAGUCUACCAGGUGCCCGAGUCUGUCUUCCCCCGGCCGCCCUCGGGCGGCGUAGACUGCACAUCCUCGGCCCUGAAGUUCGACUACAAGAGCAACCCAUUUUCCUUUACUGUCUCGCGCACCGCGACGGGCGAGGUGCUGUUCGACUCGGCCGCCGCGCCCCUCGUCUUUGAGUCGCAGUACCUGCGCCUCCGCACACGACUGCCCGCCGCGCCGAACCUAUACGGCCUCGGCGAGCACACGGACAGCAUGCGGCUCCCGACGACGGACUACACCCGGACCCUAUGGAACCUGGACAAUCCCGGCGUCGGCCAGAAUCAGAACUUGUACGGCAGUCAUCCCGUGUACUUUGACCAUCGCGAGGGCGGCGGCACGCACGGCGUCUUUUUGCUCAACUCCAACGGCAUGGACAUCAGGAUCGACCGCGAUGCCGGCGGUCAGUAUCUCGAGUACAACACAAUUGGUGGCGUCUUUGACUUUUACUUCCUCGCCGGCCCGUCACCCAUCGACGUCAGCAAGCAGUACGCACAGGUUGCCGGCCUUCCGGCCCUCACGCCUUACUCUGGCCUCGGCUUCCACAACUGUCGAUGGGGAUACGCUGAUAUUGACGAGGUGACCGAGGUCGUAGCCAACUAUAGUGCCGCCAAAAUCCCUCUCGAGACCAUGUGGACUGAUAUCGACUACAUGGAGGGCCGUGCCGUCUUUUCUCUCGACCCCAAAAACUUCCCCCUCGAUAAAGUGCGCAGCUUUAUCAAGGACUUACAUGGCAAUGGCCAAAAGUACGUCGUCAUGGUCGACCCUGCCGUGGCCGCCAAGGACUACGCGCCGUUUCACCGGGGCGUCGACAGCAAUGCCUUUAUGAUGUUCAAGGGCGAUGUCUACCGCGGCGUCGUGUGGCCGGGUCCUGCCGCGUAUCCGGACUGGUUCGCCGCCAACACGUCCUCGUACUGGACCAAUGAGUUUGCAGAGUUCUUCUCCCCCGAGACAGGCGUCGACAUUGACUACCUCUGGAUCGACAUGAACGAGCCCUCCAACUUUUGCGUGUUUCCCUGCGACAACCCGCACCGCCGCCGCGAGCUCGGUCCUUCACAGCAGCAGCAGCAGCAAGUCGUGAGCGACAACGAGGAGACGGCAACAGCGGUCCGCCACAAGGGCCUGCCCGGCCGCGACCUCUUGUUCCCGCCGUACCGCAUCAACAACCAUAACGGCGGGCUGCCCAAUAAGACCGCCCGGCCGGACCUUGUCCACGCCAACGGCCUGACGCUGUACGACACGCACAACCUCUACGGUAGCAUGAUGUCGUCGUUUUCGCGCGCCGCCAUGGUGGCGCGCCGCCCGGCGCUCCGCCCGCUCGUCAUCACGCGCUCGACCUUUGCCGGCGCCGGCAGGCACGUCAGCCACUGGCUCGGCGACAACGUGUCGACCUGGGACCACUACCUCUGGAGCAUCCGCGGCAUGCUCGCCUUUGCUGCCUUUUUCCAGGUCCCCGUCGUCGGCUCCGACGUGUGCGGCUUUGGCGGCAACACCACCGAGGCGCUCUGCGCGCGCUGGGCCAUGCUCGGCGCCUUCCAGCCUUUUUACCGCAAUCACAACGCCAUCGGGCAGGCGCCGCAAGAGUUUUACCGCUGGCCGUCGGUUGCACGCGCCGCCCGCAAGGCCAUUGACAUUCGCUACCGCCUGCUCGACUACUUUUACACGGCCCUGCACGCGCAGUCCGUCGCCGGCGCGCCCUGCCUCCAGCCCAUGUUCUUCCUGUACCCGCACGACGCGGCCACGUACGGCCUCGACGCACAAUUCUUUUACGGACCGUCGCUGCUCGUCGCGCCCGUCAUUGACGAGAACAGCACCGAUGCUCGCUUCUAUCUCCCGCGCGACGUCUUCUACGACUUUUACACGCACGAAAAAGUCGUCGGCGAGGGCCGCACCGUCGUCCGCCCGGAUCAGCAGCUCGACGACCUGCCGCUGCUGCUACGCGGCGGCACCGUUACACCUUUGCGCACGCGGUCGGGCAUGACGACGGCCGAGGUCCGCGAGCAGGACUUUGAGCUCCUGGUGGCGCUCGACGAGGACGGCGCGGCGGCCGGCAGCCUGUACCUGGACGAUGGCGAGUCGGCGGACCAGCACGGCAAGACGACGCUCAUUGAAUUUGCCUACAAAGACGGCGUGCUCCAGGGCAACGGAACUUUUGGCUACGUAACCAAGAGUGUUAUCAGCAAGAUCACUGUUUUGGGCGGCGGCAGCAAGCAGGGUUUUGCGGCAAACACCAAGAUGAGCAGCUCUGCCGCGGUCAAGCAGGAUCUCUCUGCUGCUUUCAAGAUGGAUGUGGCCAGGCUCAUGAUUUAA